GGGGUAGUGGUUCCCGCUCAAUCCGCACCGCGUGUCGCCGGUAGAUAUGAGCCAACAAUGAGCCUACUACUUGCGUCAACCUGUACAUACAUGCUAAAACCACGGUAGAUCGUUCGUCGGCGGUCCCGUUUACGCUAAGAAUAACCCCAUAAAGUACUCACUCACCAGAGUGAAGCCAACGUCGUUAUUGUCGUCGUCGUUGUGGUCGUUGUUGUUGAUGAUCUAUUUUCGUGGUUGAGCGAAACCAUCCGUACGGAAUGGCUCCCGCGACACAGACCAACCCUUGUGAUCUCUUUCUCUCUGGGGAUGUUUCGCAAAACAUUAUUCGCGAACAAGUUCCGGCGGAUCGGUCACAUCGGUAGUGGUCGGUGCGUUAUAGGUGUGUUGGCUUAGCUCCUCUCAUGAAUGGGACUCGGAGCACGAAAUUUGAGAACAGCCUUUGGUGGAUGGUACGGUCUGUUAACUAGCGUUAACUAGCCGAACUACUUGCUGGGCGGGGUGGGUUGAAUGAGUCAACUGAAGUCGAUGUGUCGCAAUGCACACGUCCCGUCCGUAGUCCGCUAAGUGUCUCCUGCAACAUGAUGCAGGUUUUUGGCACCUUCUAAUGGAUGGUAAUCGAAUGGUGGUACCAUAUCUUACCGGUAGGGGAAGGAUGGUGUAGUUGUUGGUGCUGCUAUUUGUCGGUCGAGUUCGGGCAUAAGCCAUGCCCGUGAUUCGUUUCAAAGCGGCCUCAGUCUAGUGUUGGCGUAGGGAGGUGUGAGAUUGACAGGUGAACUUAUCUACCUUCCUACAGAACCCAUAAACUCAAACUUUUUUGUGUGUAGUGAAUAGUCGGAAUAGUGUGUAUGUGUACGCGUUGACAAACGUGUACUGUUCCUAUUCGUUCCUACGCACGCGUGAGAAUAGUGUAAAGCAGUUGUUGAAAGGUCGUGUCACACGUGACACGUGUGAAUUACCAGGAACCCAGUGGCACCAUCCAGUUUGAUACCAUGUCGAUGCAAGCACUAAACUCACAGACGUCCCAGCGGCGAUCGUCGCUGCUCGAGCGUUACCAACCGAAAACCGGUUCACAGGACCCAAUGUCGACGUCGGCGUCACUGGACGUGCACGCAUCGCCCAGCAUUACCAAAUCGACAAGCCAGAGAAGUCUGCAGCACUCUUCGCUCCUGCAACGUUACCAACCGAAACCACUCGGAAGUGCUGGUGGCACUGGUGGUGGUAGCAAUGUCGGAGCGGCCCCGAACGCUCAACUACCAAACCGUUCCUCUAGCCAGCGAAGCCUGGACCAAUCGAAGCUCCUAAAGCGGUACUACCAUCAGCCCAACUCUCUCGAUGAGAAUCAACCACCAGCGGGCGGGCAGGACGGAGCGAGACUUGGUGAUGCGUUGUCGGCAAAUGCCAACGAUCAGCAACGCUACAGCAGCCAAAGGAGUCUGGAAAACUCGAAGCUACUCCAGCGCUACAAUCCGACGGUGAACAACUCGCAAGAGUUUACCGGACUGUCGGUACGCGAGAGUACACCGGUGGCCAGAUUUAACCGGGGCACCAGCCUCGAACCGGAGCGUGUCCAGCGUUCGUCACUGCUGUCCAAGUACACGCCACGGUUCGGUAAAUCGCUCGAUCGGAACCAAGCGCUGGAAGCCGCCAAGGGCUAUGGAGCGGGGUACGGUAGUGAGCAGCAUCUGCCCCAUCAGCCGGCUUCCGAGCGGCCGGUACAAAGUUUGGCCUCAUCACGCACCGAAAUCGCUGACUAUGGAGCGGAUCAUUUCGAUUACUAUCGGGACAUACGGAGUCGAUCGUCGAGCCUUUCGCGUGGUGGUCUUGCUGGGCGAAAAGGCGUAGCAUCGGGCCGUGGUUCACAGCGAAAGCUUCCGGAACCAACGGAACCGGUCACUCAGGAAACGCUACCCAUGGUUAGUGCUGUGGCAGAACCGGUACUGGGUAAUAUUGCGUCCGCCCUGCCGCUGCCGAUGGUUAGCGUUGUACCACCGACACCGGCACCGGUCCAACAGCAGCAGCAGCCGUUGGACGCCAGCAGUAAGUCACCCUUCGAUGGUAAGACUCUUUCGGUGACUUCAAAUCAGAGUGCGGGAGUCCAGCCGGCACCGGCAAUAACCGGACCACCGGUGAAGCCGAUUCGUAAGGAUUUGCAAUCGGGAGGUAAAGGGCCAGUAGCACCAGCAGCAGGGGCAACACUAGGAGCAUCUGGAAUACCAGGAGCAGCAGGACCGACCGCGAACAUCGUGAGUAUAGCCAUUCCCACCAUCACCACGAUACUCGCCGCACCAUCCGUCAAGCAAUCCGUAUCAUCCGAGCCACCGAAAGAACCCUCACCGCCAUUGUUCAGCACCAGAGACCGCAUGGAUCAUUACGGAAGCGCUUCGAACCCGGACCCGGUUCGGGCGUCCAAUCACAACCUUCAUCAUCCACAACGACCGACGACGACGACGUCACAGACGACGACGAAUACGCUGCAGCUACCCGGUAUAAGCGAUAUGAGCAGCCGCCGUAGCAUGACUGACCUGAGAAACUUGCCACCAACUCCAACCACUAAAAAUACCCUCGCGAAUGACAAUCUGGACGACCUGACCGAGUUUACCGAUCGUGCGGAACUGAGGAAGCUAGCCACCCAACGGCACCAGCAUCCGGUUAAGCAUGGGCUAGCGGAUGCGUUCGAGCAACUGGCCGCCUUCACCAUCCCCCAGGCGAUAGAAGGUGACGAUAUGGAGGAACGGAUCGAAGCGUUACCCCCGGAUCGGAAGCUAAAACGCCGAGACUUUACCUACCAUCCAACGUUCGUACCGAAGCAAAACGUCACGCCAGCGACCGGUGCGACACUGACCGUACCCGGUACCACCGCCGGUCCCUCCCUGCUCGAUAGCCGUCGCAGUACGGCCAGCACGCAGUCGAGCAAACAGGCCGAAAACGAAGAGAAACGCCGGCAAGCAGCGGAAGAAAAGCGCAAACGUGAUGAGGAGCGCCGUCAGCGCGAAGCGGAUAAGCGUGCCCACGACGACCAGGAACGGCAACGCAAGGAGGAGGAAAAGCGACGCAAGGAAGAGGAGAAGCGUGCCCGGGAUGAGGAAGACCGGUUGCGAAAGGAAGACGAGCGCCGGCUGAAGGAAGAGGAAAAGCGAGUGAAGGAGGACGAAAAGCGUCGUGAGCGCGACGAAAAGAAGCGGCUAAAGGACGAAAAGAAGAAGACGGCCGCUGCGCUGAAGGCCGCUGGCAAGGGUGGUGCUCCGGGCAGCUCAACGGCAACCAACGAUGCCGCAAUAGCAGACACCACCGAGGAAGAGAUGAUAGACUUGGCGAGCCAUCUCGAUCACUACAGUGUCGCGGCGACCAUGCAGACGCAGCAGUUACAACAGGCACAGCAGCGCAGCACCUCGCUCGGUCGUCCUCGAUCGGGUGGAACUCCUUACGGAAGUCAGGGUGCGCUGGGUUCGUCCGCACGUGGUCUAUCAAACAGCUACCAAAGCCUAGACCGUGGUACAAGUGGCGUCGCUUCCGUCAACCGAAGUCAAUCGAAGCUUCUCCAGCGAUACGGUCCUAGGGCGGGCUCACAGGAAGCCAUCAGCUCGUCGCUUGGGUCUGGCGCUGGCACUGGCACUGGGUCGGGAUCGGCGAAGGAACAUCAUAGAAGUCAGGGAAGUCUGGACUUCCGUAGAUCGAAUAGACCGUCAUUGUUGGAUAAAUAUACGCCCAGGCCGUUGAGUGCGUCGACUGCCGUUGCAGCUGGUGGUCAGCAGCAGCAGCAGCAGCAACAACCGAUGGUUGGUGCCGAUCCGCGAACUAGAUCCACCAGCCAGCGUAGCCUGGACAGUGCUCGUCUGGAGCGUUCCUCGCUGUUGCAGCGCUACAAACCGACUGGUGGGGAUGCUCCGAGGCGCGAUCCGUACGAGCAUCGUGAUCACGAGUACGAGCCCAUCGGAGAGCCGGUCCCCGGUUCGCGAUUACAGCCAGCGGAUGGACAGCAGCGUAAGCUUUCGAACUCCUCGUUCCUGCGCGUUCCGGCGGGCGAUGAAGGUGAUACGGUCAGCAUGGAGGAGUUGCAGAAGUCGAUCGAGGAUCGCUUCUUUAAUCAACCAUCGUCGGAUGCUGAGGCUGCCGGCGGCGUGUCCUCGGUGCCUGCUACCGGUGAGGGGGUUGAGGGAGCCACAACUGGUGCUGCGACCGAUGAACCGAAGGCGAGCAAAAUGAAGGCAGCCAUGGCGAAGGCACAGAGCAGUGGCAAACAGGCGAUGGCAAAGGCCCAGGAGAGCGGUAAGCAAGCCAUGGCCAAGGCGCAGGAAGGUGGCAAAACGUUGCAGAAGAAGCUGAUGCAGCAAACGGAUCGCUUCAAGACGAAGAUGUCAAACAUUAAGCUCAAGAAGGAUGGCAAAGACACUGCCGCUCCGCUCGCUAGCCCCGAGGUGGUUACGACGCCCGAACUGGAGAAGCUAGACUUUACGCUGGCCGUACCGAAGGAUGAAGUGGAGCAGCCUGAGGCCGAGGUGGCAUCUGCUGCUGCUACUGCGGAGAGUCCUGAAGUGGUGGCUGCCGAGGAGGAACAGGAUGGUGCCACCGCUGAUGCUAGCGCGAAAUCGGGCAGCAAAUUUGCGAAGCUCAAGAACAUCCACAUGCCCAAGAUACAGAAGCCAGACUUUAAGCGUCCUGAUUUCAGCAAGAUCUCCAAACCUAAAAUGCCCAAGCUGCGCGGUCCGGACAUGUCCAAGUUUAAGCGACCGGAAAUGCCCAAAUUCCUCACGGAGAAGCCAGACUUUGGCAAAAUGUCUGAGAAGAUGAAGCUGACGCGCAGUAAAUCGAUGAAGGAACCGUCACCAUCUGCCGCUACCAGUGCUGCUUCACCGUCGGACGUCUCGACACUGGGACCGGUCGAUGAUGCAGGUGGACGACCGGCCACGAAGAUCAACUAUACCGACUUUAGCACGUACCCACGACUGUUCGAUAAGUUUAAGCGCCAAAAGUCCGCGCCCAGUGGACAGGCUAGUGUGCGCGCCGGUACACCACCACCACUGGAGUUCACCAAGACCGCCAAGACCACGCGCGGCCAGGGACCGACACUGGUGUCACGCUGGACGUCCGAAAAGUCAUCGGAGGAUGCUGGUAGCAGCCGGUUCCUGCAGUACACCGGUAGCGAGCUGGAUGAUCGAGAGACAUCCGUCGAGCGCCGUAUGCGCCAGGAGUUGGAGCGAGCUGAAUUCGAGGGCCCAGAACUGGUGGCUGUGACCGAAGAGCAGAAGCAGCUCGAAGAGUACGAUAAGGAGAACCGUGAGAUCCACCUGCUGUCGGCAGCACGGCACGAUGAGUUCAUGAAGCGCAAACCACCGAUGGAACGCCAGGAGUCGGAUCUGGCCUCGGAAGAGGAGAAACAGUUCUGGGCUAGCGCGCUCGGCCAGAAGAUUCGCCAGAACAUCGACAUGAACAGUAACGAUCUGGAUUUGCUCGACGAAGAGGAACGGCUGCUGGUGGCCAAGGAGAACGACGAGAUUGAUCAGGAAGUUCGCGAGCAGGCUCAGUAUCUGCUCGAGCUGAGCCGACAGCGGGCGGAGAAGGAGCACGAGCGACGCUCGUCCACACCCUACACCAACCAGGAAUGCCAAUCAUCGGGCAGUUCCAGUGUGCGGCGCCGUAAGGGCGUACUGGAGGAGAUCGACGAUGAUGAGUUCUUCCUGCGCCAGAAGGGCAUCUCGAAGGAUAACAUUCAGAUGGGCGAGUACAUCAGUUCGGCCAUCAAGGAGGGUUUGAGCCACCCCAAGAAUGCGCUGGCCGAUAUGGACCGGUACGAUUACUACGACGAGGAUGCCGAUGGUUUGCGGCGAUACUAUCAGCCUAGCUUCGAAUCGGAUGACGUUUCCAAUCGGCAAGACUUCACCGACAGUUACCGUACGUUCCCACCGGAUCGUCCGAAUCGCAAAGCGAAGGGUAAGGCUGCGGCGACCGGGUACGACGAAGAGAACGAUCUGGAUCGCAUCGAGACCGAGGAGCAGGACGAUGAGCUGGCGUACUACGAUCGACAGCGCCGUACGAAGUAUGGUAGCGAGCAACCGCAGCUGCUACAGUCCGUGGCCACUCGCUACAUGGAUGACGAGUUCGAGGACGAUGCUAGCUUGCGGCGUGAGGCGGGCGCCAUGUUGGCCGGUUCGGUUGUACCACCGACGCCACCAUCGAGACGCCGCAAGAAGCGCUUCCGUGAUGUGACGCCCUCGGACGUAGACUCAUUCGCCAACGCCGGCGGGUUCACCGCCGUCGGAAAGUCCAUCUCCAAUAACUUCAUCGCCGGAUCACUCCCCACGAACGUCACUGUUCACCGUGCGGAGGUACCGCUGGCUCGGGAAGAAAGCUUCGGCACCAUACCGGAACCGGCACCGAGACGUUCCCGUUCACGGUCUCAGCUCGGUUCGAAGAUACUGAGCAACGAUGAUGAUAUGGAUCGCGUUUCGCGUGGUGCUGAGUCACUGAUCGGUGGCAUCAUCGAUGCUGCACCAGGUGCCAGAGGAUCAUAUCCGUACGAAGUUUCCGAAAACAACGGCUAUGCCACCGUACGUAAGGAAGCUCCACCGAGGCCACCGGCACCGAUACGGCGCCGUAAGUCAACCCGGUCACUCGAUGCAGCACCACCGUUGCGGCAGUUCAAUACGCUGCCCAGCUACAACUACUCGGUGUCCCCCGUUCGGCCACAGCGUAACUAUAGCACCAUCAACCCGAACCGUCCACCACGUAGGAAGUCUGUCUCCAGUCUUACCGGCAGUCAGCAGCAGCUGAAACCGACCACCACCCAGAAGAACCGGGAUGAUGUAGGCCAGUAUGAGGAUGUGUUGGAAGGACCGGUGCCACCACAGCGUCCUCCACCACCAGCGAUACAGCGGGACGUAGCGAACAAGAUGAAAGACCGGCCGUUACCACCACCACCGCGUCCAUCGCGCAAACCGCGGCGUCCCGAUGGUACGGAUCGUCACGAUCUCGAUGGUGGUGCCGAGCGUGUCGUCUCGGUCGACGCCGAGGAAGUGGAUACGUCCACCCAGACCGAUCCAGUUUCGGAAGACUUUGGCCUGGACGCUGAGAUAGCGGCUGUUACGGAACAAGCGGCAGCAGCGGCGGCGGCGGCUGCAACGUCAAACCGUUUAGCCGAUACGGAACAGCUCGAGGGAGCCCUGCAUCGGUUCCGGGACGGUAACACCAAGGCACUGUCCGAUCGGCCCAAGUCUUCGCGCUCCGGCAGCCGCCCAGAAACGCCGGCUUCGAUUCUGAUCGAACGCAAGGUAUCGACACCAUCGUUGGCCCACGAGUCCGUCGUCGAGGCAUCGCUGACCGUGCAACCGCUCGAGGAGUUUGACGAUGAUCAGUACAUAGCGGAGCUGGUGAAGAAGUAUGUCUCGGAUGAGGCACGCAAACCCGAACCAAGGCGAACGGUAGAUGAGCGACGCUUGCGCAAGAGUACGAGCAGCCUCGGACGGGAGGAAGAGAUCCGCCCGGUGGAGACGCUCGGUACUUCACUGCGUACCCCGACGAUCCGUUCGACGAGUCGCACAUCUGUCGAUGGUCGACUGUCGGCCGCCACGCCCGAACCACUGCGCAACGUUGAGAUUUCGCCCACGGUUAUUGAGGAAAUCGUCGAGCGACUGCGCACGACCGAACAGCACCACAUCGACGAGCUGCACAAGUUGCACCAGCAGCAGCUCGAGGAUUUGCGCCAACAGCACGAGGCACAGAAACGGCUGCAGGAGCAACGGCUGGAGGAACAGCAGCGUCAGCUGCUAGAACAGCAAAGCCAACAGCUACACGAAACGCAGCAGCUCAAGGAACAGAUUCUGCAGCAGCAGGAACACCAGAAGAUGCUGCUGGCUCAGCAACAGAACCAACAGCAACAGCUGCUGGUCGCACAGCAGCAGCAGCAACUGCUGAUGGAACAACAGGAGAAGGAGCGUGAGUUGCAGCGUGAAAAGGAACGCGAACUGCUACGGGAGCGUGAGCAGGAGCUGGAACGCGCCCGGGAGCGCGAACGGGAGCUGCAUCUGGCCCGUGAGCUAGAACUGCAGCGUGCCCGUGAAGUGGAACAGCAACGAGCUCGAGAUCUCGAACAGCAAAGGAUACGCGAGAUGGAGCUGCAGAGGGCACGCGAACAGGAACACCAGCGAUUGCGUGAGCUCGAGAUUCAGCGCGCGAUCGAAGCAGAACAGGGCCGUCAGCGAGAGCUGGAGCUGCAGCAAAGGGCUGCACAGGCAGCAGCCUCAGCAGCAGCAGCAGCAGCAGCAUCUCAGGUCGUUGCCAAGGAAACGGAAGCUGCGGCACCGCGGAAUGAAACGUCAAACGAUGCUCAGCAGCAGCCAGCAGUGGAAGAAAAGCAGCAGCAGGCUGCGGAGGUCUCAGUAGAUGUAGUAGAUGGUGUUGCGAUUGCUACCGCGACUGAGCUACCACCAGCAGCGGCAACUGCGACAGGAUCCGCAGCCCCGCCAGUGCGACCACCUCUACCAACACUGCCACAAUACGCUUUCCAUCCCGAUUACCUAGCCUACGGUAUUCCUCCCGCAGCCGCCUCACCAUACCUACUGCGACCGAGCAGUGUGCCAUCGGAGGAGGACGGUAUGACCCCGUUGGCCCCACAACGCCGCCGACGUCAUCUUCGUUCGAAGCGUGAAUCCACCUCGGAGGACGAUCAGCAUCAACAGCGUGAACAGCAACAGCGCCGCCAUCGACACAGCACCCGUUCGCCCGAACCCUCGAUCCCAUCGCUCGGUGGCCAGCUGGUGCGGGCCUGUGGUAACUCGUUACGCCAAACCGGUGAUGAUCUGAUGGCGAUGCUGCGGGCUAGCAGCAAGGAUGAGAACAAGCGCGAUCUACAUAUCGCCAUCAUCAUUCUGAUCGUGAUCGUGGCCGGCCUGAUGGCGCUCGGUAUGAGCGGCGAGAAGGCGGUUCACCAUCACCAUUGGGAUUACUUCAGUCCACCGGGCCAUGGUGCUGCUUAGAGUAGUCGCGGCACGCGGCUGCAAAAGAGUUUCGAGUUUAUGAGUUUAGAAACGCAUUUGACACUUGGCCACAUCCUUGGCCACCGUCACCACCAUCACUACCAUAUCACCUUGAGAUCACUAGUAGUGUUAGUAGAUAGAUUUGGCACUCUUCUGCACUCUUCACUUCAGGCGGCACCCCCUUUUGCCGGUGGCCGGUUCACAUAACCUCACUUUGCGUAUCAGUAAGUUAUGUUGGUCCACGUUACGUAAGGAGUUCGUGUAUACCGGGACAGCCCGUCCGUACGAGCGGUUUACUACAGCUGCGAUACCAAAAAGAAGAAAAACAAGGAAAGCAAUACGGGAACUGACCAUCCUGCUCAGUUCCAGCAAAACAGCGCGAUCCGGUGGACGUUUUCUGUUAGGUUCUAGGAGGUUUCCUUUGUUCCAGUGUUUUUCGUUGCUUACUUUUAUGUUGUUUUCGGUUCCAUUUUGUUCCCGUGUCUUUUUCUUUUGUUUUAAAUCUGCGUUCCGAUGCUCGGUCGCGCGGUCGUCAUGCGUUGGGUGGACAAAAACCCCUCGCUCGCACCCGCCGGCGAGCAAGCCGAUAGAGUUUGCAUCUAGUCAUAUAGUCGGUACACGCGUUGUUAAAUGUCAUGUUGUUGAUGCCUUACCUUACAAUCGAAUCAUCAAAAUCGAAAUCGAAUACUAUUACUACUACUUGCCAAUUUGUUUGGAAGAAUCUUACAGAGGGCCACUGUUGCCUCUGGUUUGUAUCUUAUUUGUUGUCUUUUUCGAAAGUGAACUGUUACACACAGUUCAGUUGGGUUUUGAACGAUGAGAAGAGAUAGCGGGCGAGAAAGGUAGUUUUAUAAAAAUCUGAAUAGCGUUGCAUUGUAUUGUUGUAAUUAUUAAUUACUGGCUAUAAAUAACGGACCAACUGCUCGUACUGCGCGUGAUCGCCAGAAAGGGCAAGCAACAGUCCGGUUAUUUAUCGUGAAUUAAUAAUUGGAUUCGCUACUUUUAAUACUUACAGACGAUUAAACACUCUUCA